AAUUUUCUUUGAUCAAGCACUGUUAAUAGUUCCAGCUUGCAGUUUUUUUGGUUGAUAGCUUUAAAGUGCCAUUUUUUUUUCUAUAAAUUAAGAAAAUACUGGACCGAGUGUACUUAGUUCACACCUAUCCAUAAGAAAAUAUUAAAUAAACAGCAAAUAAUGGAAUUGGAAUUAGAAAGAUUAAACGUAACUAAUGAAACCUCGUUCGACACUAGCACUCUGUAUGCAGUGACAGUUCCAUUGUUCAUUCGCAUCGUGGCAGCAGUGGUUUCUCUAUUUUCGACCACAUCCAAUAUUCUGGUAGUUUUGACAGUGAUUAGGUAUCAGAUACUGCAUUCCAGAACUCAUUGGUACAUUGUGAACUGGUGUUUGUGCAAUGUUUUCAUUACCGCAUCAUUACCAUAUAUGUUUGACUCUCUAGGUUUAGAUUUAGUGGCGAACGGGAAUAUCUUGUGUAUUUGGGAUGAAAACGUUUUUAAUUUCCUAACCUGGAAUCAUAUUUUUGUAGCUGUUAUUAUAAUAGAUUGGUACAUUAGUACGUUUUGCAAUCAAAGACGAUGUGCAGUUAGAUGUAGAAAUAGUUUUAAAAUUAUUAUAUCUUUAAUAUGGGCAAUGUUAAUAAUACUAUUAAUAACUACAUCUUCAUUGUGUUUUUCACGUAAAUCAUUUCUACUUCCUUUUGUAGCUUUUGAAAUAAGCUACUUAUGUAUUUUCAUUCUUUUACUUGCAAUAUUUAUAUUAAGAUGCGUGAAAUUAAAAACCUCAAGUAUAAUUGUGGAAAAAAAUAAACUGGAAUUAAAAUUAGCAUUCUCGUAUUUUAUAACUUGGUUGCCUAAUAUUUUGGUUGAAGUGUUUUCAAUAGUACUAAGGCAACAUCUUUCAUAUGCUUCGAUUAGCAUCCUGUUGUUUACAUCAAUGUUAGUAGGAUAUAGUCAUGCAAAUGUGUUGCUUAUUGUUUUGUAUAUUACUGAUAGGAAUUUCAAAGUUUGUUUAAAUUCGAUGUUUCAUAUUAAAACGAAUGAUGAUAAUAAGAAUAAUAUCGGGAAUAAGCAGGAUUUAGUGGAAAUAUUAGAUCAGCAAUGAAUUGGAUGAAUAUUCGAAAUAAGUAAAAUUAUUUUCAAAAUCAAAAUGACCGACAUAUUUUUGUAACUAACUUGUUUAUAAUAAAAAGUUGUUUUGGUAAUAUUAUUUUAAUUUAUUAAUAAUCAAACAAGUAUUAGAAAAUAAAAAUUAAAAAAACCGACUUCAAAAACGUGCAGAUGCCAUCACCACAUCUUAACCAAAUUUAUAUGGGACCACCCCUGAG